ACUGAAAAACACGUAAUCUUUGAUAACAUUGGCAGCGAAACCGAAAGAGGAAGAGAGUGAAAUGGGAGAGCUUUACGCGUUGGACUUCGAUGGAAUCAUCUGUGAUAGCUGCGGAGAAAGCUCUCUCUCUGCUCUCAAGGCUGCUAAAGUGAGAUGGCCUGGUUUGUUUGAUGGCGUGGAUUCAGCCACAGAAGAUUGGAUUGUUGAUCAGAUGCAUACAGUGCGACCAGUGGUGGAAACUGGAUAUGAAAACGUUUUACUUGUGAGAUUGUUGCUUGAGACCAGAAUACCUUCCAUCAGGAAGUCUUCGGUUGCAGAGGGGCUCACAGUUGAGGGUAUAUUGGAGAAUUGGUCCAAGUUGAAGCCUAUUAUUAUGGAAGAAUGGGGCGAGAAUAGGGAUGGUCUGAUAGAUCUUUUUGGAAAGGUCAGAGAUGAAUGGUUGGAGCAGGAUUUUGCUGCUUGGAUUGGUGCAAACAGAUUAUAUCCUGGUGUCUCUGAUGCAUUAAAAUUUGCAAGCUCAAGAGUGUACAUUGUCACCACAAAACAGAGCCGUUUUGCUGAUGCUUUACUUAGAGAGCUUGCUGGAGUGACCAUACCACCUGAAAGAAUAUAUGGCCUUGGAACUGGUCCUAAGGUAGAAGUUCUGAAGCAGCUUCAAAAGAAACCAGAGCACCAAGGGCUGACACUACACUUUGUUGAGGAUCGGCUUGCUACCUUAAAAAAUGUCAUCAAAGAGCCCGAGUUAGACCGAUGGAAUUUGUAUCUUGGGAAUUGGGGUUACAACACCCAGAAAGAAAGAGAGGAAGCUGCAGCUAUCCCCAGAAUUCAUGUUCUCGGGCUCUCUGACUUCAGCAAGAAGUUGAAAUAGGAGGCUUUAUUGGAUUGUUGUCAAUCAUUGAACUAGAUAUUUAUUUUUUUCGAACUAUUUUAUAAACAAUAACAAAUUUCUAGUGAACAUGAUCUUUCUACCUAGAAUUUCCUCCUUUACACAUUGUUAAACUGCAGUAAUUUGCAACCCUCUUAGAAGAAGUGAGAAUUGCUGUAAUUCUUGGUAAGUGUUAAGACAAAUUCUUUACAAAUGUUCAUAGUCACAAGUAAGGUUUCUUUAGCAGCAACACGAUUACACCUGAUAAGUAAGCUAUCUGUAGAACCAAGUAGUCUAUUCUUCCUCUCAUUCUGUCAUAAGCUGCUGAAAUUCUGGGGAACCACAAGUUACACUUGGCAAUGAUUCAUGGAUGUAAUACGAGUCUAUUAGUUUAAGCUUUUUUGAAAAACAAAAAUGUUAAUUUUU